AUGGACGUCUUCAAGAAGGGCUUCUCCAUCGCCAAGGAGGGUGUGGUGGGCGCUGUGGAGAAGACCAAGCAAGGGGUGACGGAAGCAGCUGAGAAGACCAAGGAGGGGGUCAUGUAUGUGGGAGCCAAGACCAAGGAGAAUGUUGUGCAGAGUGUGACCUCAGUGGCUGAGAAGACCAAGGAGCAGGCCAAUGCUGUGAGUGAGGCCGUGGUCACCAGCGUCAACACAGUGGCCAUCAAGACGGUGGAGGAGGCAGAGAACAUCGCCAUCACCUCCGGAGUGAUUCGAAAGGAGGACCUGGAGCAACCAGCUCCCUCGCAGGAGGACAAGGCAGCCAAAGCAGAAGAAGAAGUGGCUGAGGAGGCCAAGAGUGGAGGAGACUAG